AUGAAAUUCAGAAUGCUAGACAUACUGUCUCACAAGUUACCGCUUUUGAAUUUACCACUGAGAGAAGGCUCCAGGUACAACCAAGUUCCAGUUUCCUCAAGUUCCGAACCACCAAAGGUGGAUAAGAAUCUUUAUGUUACCGAAAAAGAUUACAAGUCAAAUGUGAAGAAGUUACAACAAGUAGUGGGAUUAUUAUCAUAUGUUGCGCAUAGAUUUAGGUUUGAAGCAAUAUAUCAUGUCAAUGUCUUAGCUCAAUAUCAAUUAUAUCCUACAGAGGAAGUUAUGAGAUGGGCAAACGAACUCACACAGUACUUCUGA